CAAUACGUUUAUCUGCCGUGUAUCGUUCUAGAUAAGCGUCUCUUAUCUAGUCUCAAAUAUACAUACCAUUAUUUUCAUCGAGUCUGUGUAACUUAAUCGCUCGGUUAGGUGUUAGGAUCAUGUUCCAAAUAAGUAAGUUGCUCAGGACCAAGUGUCUUUCGGAAGUUUGCAAGCGCGGUGCGAAAUGGUACCCAGAUUCGGAGUACUUCAGCCAGUUCGAUGGACCCGUUAUGUUCCCGACCCCUGAAACGAAGGAUCUGCCGAUGUACAUGACGAAUAAAGCACCGGUGGUCGAGAAGAAGGUGACGAACAGCUUCAUCAACUUUGGUCCCGCCCAUCCGGCCGCUCACGGAGUCCUACGACUGGUGAUGGAGCUCGAAGGAGAGAUCGUGAAGAGCCUGGAUCCGCACAUCGGACUCUUGCAUAGAGGCACCGAGAAGCUUAUAGAGUACAAGACGUACUUGCAAGCACUGCCGUACUUUGAUCGUCUGGACUAUGUCUCUUGCAUGUCCAAUGAGCAUGCUUAUUGCAUGGCCAUCGAGAAGUUGCUCAACAUUGACGUUCCAAGAAGAGCAAAGUUCAUCAGAGUACUGUUCCUGGAGCUGACCAGGUUGAUGAAUCACAGUCUGGGUAUCGCCACGCACGUCCUCGAUAUUGGCGCCAUCACUCCUCUCUUCUGGCAGUUUGAGGAGCGCGAGAAGAUGUUUGAGUUUUACGAGAGAGUUUCUGGCGGUAGAAUGCAUGCGGCUUAUAUCAGACCGGGAGGCGUACAUAGGGACCUGCCGCUCGGCAUCUUGGACGAUAUUUAUGAUUUCCUGACGAAACUCACCGAGAGGUUGGACGAACUCGAGGACGUUGUCACAAAUAACAGAAUCUGGACUCAGCGAACCAAAGAUAUCGGUAUUCUUAGCGCCGAAGAUGCCUUAAACUAUGGAUUUUCUGGUGUUUUAUUGAGGGGUUCUGGUAUUAAAUGGGAUAUUAGGAAAGUUACACCUUACGAAGUUUACGAUGAGUUAGAUUUCGAUAUACCAAUUGGAGCAAAUGGAGACUGCUACGAUAGAUACAAAUGUCGCUUGGAAGAAAUGAGGCAAUCUAUAAGGAUCAUUGGGCAGGUCCUUAAUAUGAUGCCUGAAGGCGAGGUCAUGUCUGAUGACAACAAGAUUUGUCCUCCUAGGAGAGCAGAAAUGAAGAAAUCUAUGGAAUCUACGAUACAUCAUUUCAAAUUGUUCUCACAGGGAUUCCAGGUUCCCCCCGGCUCUACCUAUACCUGCGUUGAACAUCCUAAAGGUGAAUUCGGAGUGUAUCUUGUGUCCGACGGUACGUCGAAACCGUACAGAUGCAAGAUAAAAGCACCAGGAUUUGCACAUUUGGCCGGAAUUGAUAAGCUGUGCAAGAAUCUGUUCUUAGCCGACGUUGUAGCCGUUAUGGGUACAUUGGACGUGGUGUUUGGAGAAGUAGAUCGCUAAUUUUUUACAAAGCUCCUUCAAAAUCAUGAGUUGGGGGAAGGAACUAAAAG